AUGAACUCCAACGACGAUCAGAGCAGCCAGCUGAGUUCUUUUCUUAAAAGUUUUGGAGGACGUAAUGCAUCAACAAAUAUGGCUAGUAGCCCAACGCAGAAUUUGCUUCAACCAAAGCAAAAGCAAAAUUUGAUGACAUUACCAGAAGAUAAUGACCUUGAUGCACAAAUUUUCGGUGAUACAAGUGAGUCCAAUGCAAAUCAAAUGCAAUUAGCACAUAUGGAAGCACUAAUUCAGAUGAAAUCUCAACAAAUCGAACGUCUUCAAGCAGAAAUUCGUGUUUUACACAGAAUUCAAAACGAUCAAGCUGUAGCUCUUGAAAUGGCACUUCAGGAUCGUCGUGAAUUAGAAAAGCAACUUGCUCAAACACAAACUGGAAUUCCAACACUUGGAAAUGCUGCAAUUCCUCAAACUGAAGAUCAAAAAAUGGCGAAGAACAGUAAAAAGAACAGGCCAGGAUCCGCCCAUUUCAAAACAAGCGAAACUCCUUACUUUUUAGAAAAUUCAAUGUUCCUUCGUGCUUUCUUGAGGAAUGAUCAAGCCUCUCUAGAUGAGCUCGUUAAGUCUAUUACAUCUGUUAACGAUACAAAUACUCGUGGUUUGGCAGGCCAAGCUUUAUUCUCCCAAAUGCAGCGUUACAUGCAAUUAAACCAACUUUUCGAGAGAUUAUUCGACGAAUCAGGUACAGAAAACCUCGUUACUACUUUUGAACAGAAUGUUCGUAACUUAUUAGACUCAAGAAGAAUUUUACUUUGGUUAGUCAUUCCAUCAGCCAAAGUCAUUGUAUCACGUACAGCAUCUUUACUUGUUCCUGAAGGAGAAGGACUUCUUGGAAAGGCAAUUUCAGAAGGCCAAAGACUAGUUUUACCAGAUCCUUCCAGAGAUCCAUCAUACAGUCUUGAUUACGAUGGCCCAGUUAUUUCUAAUGCACGUGUUGUACUUUACCAGCCUGUUGUCAAUACGAAAAAGGAAGUUCUUUGGGUUAUUCAAAUUGUUGAUCGUCUUUCUCCGAAAGGUACAGUUGUUACACCAUCAGGUGACGAUUAUCUUAUCCUUGACUUCCUUUCUCUCUCAUUAUUACGCAUCUACCAAGAUGAAUCUCGCAUUGAUGAGAUGAUCAAACGUAUUUUGACCGAAUCAACGCGUUCACUCCUCACAGAACGUCAAGUCAUGCCACUUCUUGAGACAGUACAACUGACAGUUACCCACCUUGUCGGUUGUGAAAGUCUUCAGAUUUUCUUUGCCGACCAACAGAAGGGAAAUCUCUUCCAACUCUGCGAGGGAAAGCAGCAGAGUGGCUCCGAAGUGAAUAUCAGUGCGAUCACCCGCAACGACAUUGCCGUGGACCAAGCAGGUAUUGCAGGAGUUGCAUACACCCAAAAAAAGACAGUAAAUGUCGCUGUUGCAAACGAGCAUCCUGAUUUCAACAGGGACAUCGAUGGUGAAUAUCCAAAUGGACCAUGUCUCGCUGUACCUCUUUUGGGAUCCAAAGGAACUGUCUCUUUAGUUGCUGUUGCAAGACAAAAGAAAAACGGACUCAUGUUUACAGGCAGUGAUGAAAUCAUUUUGGAAGCUCUUUCAAGAGUUUCUCAAGGCGCUUUAGCGAAUGCACAAAGCCACGAAAGGAAUAUAAGCGAAAUCCAACUCGCUCUCAACAACCACAAAUACUAUACAGCUCUUCUUGCUGUUGCUCAAGAGUUAUCCGCUGUUUUGGAUACAGACACAUUAGUCAGAAAAAUCAUGACAAAAGCGCAAUCGUUCAUUGGAGCAGAUAGAUGUUCUCUUUUCUUGGUAGACAAAGAAAGAGGCGGUCUUUGGUCAAUGGUUGCGCAUGGAACAAGCGAAAGAAUCCACAUCGCGGAAGGUUAUGGUAUUGCAGGACAUGUUGCAAAAACAGGAGAAACAAUUAAUAUCCCUGAUGCUUAUAACGAUCCACGUUUCAAUCCAUCCGUUGAUAAAAGCACAGGAUACAGAACAAAAAGUAUUCUUUGCGUACCAAUCAAGAGCUCUUCUGGUAUCAUUAUUGGCUGUACACAGAUGAUUAAUAAACUUGGUGCUGUUGAAUUCUCAAGAACAGAUGUAGAACUGAUGACAGCUUUCAAUGUUUUCUGUGGUAUUGCAUUAUCAAAUGCACAACUUUACGAAGCAGCAACUAAAUCAAAGAAGAAGAUGACAGCUAUGCUUGAUAUCGCUUUGAGUUUGAGUACAUCAACAACCCUUGAAGAACUCAUUACAAGCAUCAUUUCAAGAGCAAGAGAACUUAUUGAAGCUGAGCAUUGUUUCUUGUUUGCUGUUGAUAGAUUACACAACAAACUAAGACCAUUAGGAAAUGUUGGUGAUGAAGCAAAAGAGUUCUCAAUCAAAGAAGAUGCUGUUGGUUAUGUUGCUUUGACAGGAUCCGAAAUCAACAUCGAAAAUGUUGAGAAUGAAAAGAGAUUCAAAGAUUUGUGGCCUGCAAAUAUCAAGGCCAAACAAAUGCUUGUAAUCCCUGUUUUAGAUGCAAGUGGACAAGUUGUUGGUAUUGCAAAAGCAAUCAACAAAACAACAAUGCCAAGAUUCACGUCAGAAGAUCAAUCUCUUCUUAGAGCUUUCUCAUCUUUUGCUGGUCUCGCUUUUGAUAGAUUCAUUGCAAGACAACCUGCUGAAUUCGGAUUGACUGAUAUCCCUCUGAUUGAAACUCUUUCUCCUACAGAAUUAACAGCUGUUGUUCCUUCAGAUAGAUUGAGAGUUUUCGAUCCUUUGACAGGUAUUGUUGGUUCUCUUAAUUUCGAUGUUUAUUCGUAUCCAAGAAACGAAUUGUACAGAUUUUUGAUUCACAUUUUCACUGAAAUGGGACUUUUGUCGACAUUUACGAUUCCUAUUGGUGUUGCAUUGAGAUUCUUCUCAUCAAUUGCUGAUAAUUAUCAACAAUUACCUUUCCAUGAUUUCGCGAAUGCUGUUUCUACAACACAAUUCGCUUUCUGGCUCAUGAUGUUGAACAAAUUAUAUAUUCAGUUCACAAAGAUUGAGCUACUUUCCUUCUUUGUUGCAGCCUUGUGCCAUGAUUUAGGUCAUUCGGACAGAAUUACUGUCAAUGCACAAGUCCAAGCAGCUUUGGAUGUCUUGUAUAAAGAUCAGCCUGUAAAUGAGACAUUCCAUUGCGCUGCUUUGAUUUAUUUAUUGGCACAACCAACAUGCAACAUUUUGGAAAACUUGGAUAGUGGAUAUGUCAAUGAUUUCUGGACAUUGUGCAUUGAUUUGAUGCUUUCUUUGGAUCCAUCACAACACGCAAAACUCAUUGAAGAAAUGGACAUAAGAUUAAAUAGAGGACCAUUUGAUUUCAAGGAUAAAGCUGCUAAAGCUUUGCUUCUUAAGUUGAUGUUGAAGUCCGCUGUAACUGCUGAAGUGUUUAGACCAUUCGAUCCUACAAAACCAUGGACAACUUCUGUAAACAAAUUGUCUGUUGUUGCUUCUAAAGGAGAUCAAAAAGUUUUGUUGGAGGAAAUGACUAAAUACUUAAACGAAACAUCAACACCAUUGGUAAGAGUUUUACUAAGAACAAUGACAAAUGUCCAGCCAUUGUCAGAUCAGCUCAAACUGAAUAUGAAUGGAUGGAAAGAACAAUUAGAUAAAUUAACUCCAGCUCAAUAA